CCGAGUGAGAUCUGCUGCUCGCACUCUCUCUAUCUCUGUCUUUCCUCCAUUUGGAUCGGGCUCCUUCCCCAAACGCCUUUCAACCGCUUUCUCUUUAUCACAUUGAUACACUCGCUUACCAAGAAUAUAAACUCACUGACUCACUCACACACAUACACAAAUAGUCAGCCUUCAAUCCAUCCCAUGCUGUCCAGACAAAUCAACACUUGGAGCCAGAGGCUUGCCAUCCAUCUGGUCAGCCAGUUCCAGCGGGUCACAGCGUGCAGAAAGAGAGAGAGUGCCUUAUAAUCCUCAUCCUGCCUGAGAACUAGAGGGUUCGGAUAGUUCCCCCCUCCCAGUCAAAGUCAAGGACGGCCGGCCCUGGCAAGUGUCCCGUCGAGGACUUGCAAAUCAAGACGGAAAACGAGAGAUAGGCGGACAGAUGAGGACAUUACGCCCCACCUCCGCCUGAUACUUGAGCAUCGGCUUCUUUCUGCCACCGGUUGUCUCCGGGGAGCUUGAUGCUCAUGGGGGUUCUGUGUGAACUGGGUCAAAGAGCCUCCUCAUUCCUGUACAGAUGUCUGGGUUCAUACAAAGGAAACAGGUCCCAAACACAUGACCAUUAUGAGAAAAUGAAAAGACUCCGUCAAUCAAAGCUCAUCUUUGGGAAGAAAGGGGAUACAGGACAAGAUGAAGAGACUGAGACAAAAAGAAAGAGAGAAGGUGAUGAAGAUGAGACAGGAAGAGCAGGAGGGAACCUACUUCCAGUGGGCAACACUGACUCUCCGAUACCUGGUAGUCAAUUAAGAGCAUAUAUGGCUCCUGUUGAUGAUGUUGGGGCAUGGGGGGAGUCACUCGACCAUCUUCUGAAGUGUAAAACAGGCCAGCUGGUGUUUGAGGACUUCUUGAGGACAGAAUACAGUGAGGAGAACCUUUUAUUUUGGCUGGCCUGUGAGGACUACAGGAAAAUGACCAGCAAGACAAAGAUGACGGUUGCUGCCAAAAGGAUCUACGCAGAGUUUGUCCAAGUUGAUGCGCCUAGACAGAUAAACAUCGACUGCGUGACGAGAGAAGAGAUCAGUGAAAACAUCUCACAGCCGGAGCCAAAUUGCUUCGACAGAGCGCAGAGACAAAUAUACGGUCUGAUGGAAAACGACUGUUAUCCACGAUUUCUGAAGUCAGAAAUAUACCAAGCUCUCCUGGAACAGGAGGAAAGCCAUGAAAACAACGUGAGGAAAAAAUGAAUGAGUGAUUCUGCACUUUGAAAGGAGCUAAAGAGCUGUCGGCAUGAGGACUGACAGGAUCUAAAAGCAAAACAUAAUCUAAAUAAUGUAAUAAGCAGCUUUUGAAGUAAAUUUUUGUUUGGAUUGUUUUGUAUAGCACGGAAAAGGCCUGUAAGUCAGAAAAAAAAGCUCACAUUAAGUUCUGAAAGGUUGGCAUUUGUUUGGAAAAGCAGGCCUCAAGAUUCAAAUGUUCAUCAUUUAUGUACACAAAUUAGUCAUUUGUACCAUUAAAUUAAUUGUAAUCAAGAAAUGCUUAUUUACUUCCUGAAGAGUUGAAUUUCAAAAGCUCUAUGUCCUGUCAACAAAAAUCGCCAACUGCCCAAUGCAACUCAACCCCAAUGACAUCAUCAGUUAAAACAAUUUGGUUAUAUACAUUUCUGAAUAAUCCAUUACCAGCACAGUUUUUUUAUUUGUGAUCUACCACCCUUGUAAUUUUGUUUUUGUUGGAUACACAUCUCAUGAAAGUACAGUAAGAGCAACUUUGAAGCGCUGCAUACUCCCUGCUCUUUAGUAAG